AUGGACUUUAUCGACCCUGAGAGCAUCAAAAUCGCGUUCAGGGUCCGGAACACCGACGGAGGCGGGGGGCAGGUCUUCCCCGGCUCCUUCGAGGGGAGCUGCUUCAUCAAGCGCGUCCAGCUCUUCAGCAACGGCCAGCGCACCGAUGACAUCACGGACUACGGCCGCUGCUGCUGGCUCUACAGCCUGCUCAAGCCGCAGGAGUGGUACAACGGCAGGGCCUACGAGGGCUUCUAUCCCACGAACCUGGGCAACCCGCCGGCCAUCCUCGACGGGAACUUCCGGGACGUGCUCAUGCCCCCGACCCUCGUCGGCUUGUUCCAAGGAGGGAAGAUGCUGCCGCCGCAGCUCAACUUGGUGCUGGAAAUCGAGUUCGCCGAGGCUGCGGACGCACUGUGGCCUGGAGGGGCCGGCUCCACGAGCUACAGCAUCGAGAACGUGCGGGUCCUUGCGAGCCAGGUCACCCUGGACUCGGCUCUAGUCGAGAGCUUCAACAAGGUGCUGCUCUCGGGCCGCAGCCUGGUCUUCUCGUACCCCACCAUGCACACGCAGGUCUCCGGCAGCACGCAGCACAGCGUGACCGUUGCGAGGGCUUACACCAAGCUCAUGGGAGCCUUCGUGACCUUCAAGGACGACGACGACGCCCUGGGCGAGGUCAUGAACUUGGAAUACCCGGCCAUCAACGGGCAGCUGGAGUCGCAGAUGCAAUUGGGCGCCCUCCAAUACCCCAGGUACCCCAUGGCCAGCCUGGCGGAGCAUCACCACUUCCUCGAAAUCAUGGCGGGCACCUACGACUCCAAGAUCAAGAAUAUGCGCCUCAACCGGCUUGAGUACGAAGACACUCAGUUCAUCGCCGCCUUCCCGGUGGAACGCGUGCCCAAGCACCCGCUGAGCGGCAUCUCAACGCGCUCCGGCGACCUUGCCAGGUUCACAUUCAAGAAUCUGCAGGUGGACCGCGCCCAGCAGCUCUACAUUCACCUCAUCAGCUACCAGAUCGUGACGCUUUCGGGCUCGGGCGUGUCCGUGCUGACACGGCCACAAACACCGCCAGCAUCGGCACCAACUCCGCAGCCGUCGCAGCUCUGCAAGCACAAGUUGGCCGGCCUGCCUGCUGCGCCGGAUCUGGCACCCUACGCCCUGGCCGCCGACCUUGCAGCUGCGGAAGGCUCGAUUGCGGCCAACCAGUCCGCCGUCACCGCCUUGAGCGCCAGCCUCACCACCGGGCUGGCGGGGAAGGCCAGCCAGGCGGCCCUGGACGCCCUCCAAGUCGAGGUCAACGGCAAGAGCACGCCGGCCUCGGUGGACCUGAAGCUGGCCAACCGCCCCAGCACGGCAGCCAUGAACUCGGCAAUUGCGAGCGCGGACAACGCGGUGCUGGCCUCCGUGGCAGCUACCUACGGGCUGAAGACCGUCACGGACCAGCUCACGGUGGAUGUGGCUGCGCGACAGACGGCGGCCGACGUAGACCAGAAGAUUGCCACGGCGCUGCUGCCGUACACAGACACCACGGACUUGAACGCGGCGGUUGCCCUGAGGACGACCCCAGCGGACGUGGACCAGAAGAUAGCGACGGAGCUGCUGACCUACGUGCAGCAACUGGCCUUGGACGCAGCCCUGGCCAUCAGAGACGGCAGGCUCGACGCUGCAGAGGCAGCCAUAGCCGCGCUGCAGGCUGCCGGCCUCCAGUCGGCAGCCGAUGUGGCGUCGGCGCUGGCCACCGCCCUCGCUGGCUACACGGACACCGCCGGGCUCAACAGCUUGCUGGCCGUACGGGACGCCCGACUGGACGGGCACGACGCGGAUAUUUUGGCCCUGCAGGGCGCCGGGCCCUUUGCGACUUCCGCCGAGCUGUCGGCUUCGGAAACCAGCCUGCAGUCGGCCAUCGAUGCCCUCAACUCCGCGCUGGCCGCGCUCACCACGG